AAUUUCUUUGGAAUUUAAAAUUAAACUUUAGGUAAUUGCCAUUGAUAAAGCAUGUCUUUCUUCUUUUUCAGAAACAUGGACAACCCAAUAUUGGACACCUAAGUUUAUUACAAACAUGACGAUCCUUGAAGAACUAAAAUCAAUUUUACAAGUUUGGAGAUAAAAUUUUAGUGUGUAGAAGCACUUUUAAGAAUGAACACUACACCCAGUUGUGUUGGUACAUACAGAAGGAUGAGAAGAACACUAUGAUGGCAAAGAAUAAAGAGCCUCGUCCCCCAUCCUAUGCUAUUAGUGUGGUUGGACUUUCUGGAACUGAAAAAGACAAGGGGAACUGUGGAGUUGGGAAGUCGUGUUUGUGCAAUAGGUUUGUGCGUUCAAAAGCAGAUGAAUAUUACCCUGAACAUACCUCUGUGCUUAGCACAAUUGACUUUGGUGGACGAGUUGUUAAUAAUGAUCACUUUUUGUACUGGGGUGACGUAAUACAAUGUGGAGAGGAUGGAGUAGAUUGCAAAAUUCAUGUUAUUGAACAGACUGAGUUCAUUGAUGAUCAGACUUUCCUGCCUCAUCGGAGUACGAACUUACAACCUUACAUAAAACGUGCAGCUGCAACCAAAUUGCAGUCAGCAGAAAAACUUAUGUAUAUUUGCACAGAUCAGCUUGGGUUAGAGCAAGACUUUGAGCAAAAGCAAAUGCCCGAAGGAAAGCUAAGUAUUGAUGGAUUCUUAUUAUGCAUUGAUGUAAGUCAAGGAUGCAAUAGGAAGUUUGAUGACCAACUUAAAUUUGUAAAUAAUCUCUAUAUUCAGCUAUCAAAAUCUAAAAAGCCUAUAAUAAUAGCAGCAACUAAAUGUGAUGAAUGUGUGGAACAUUAUUUACGAGAAGUUCAAGCAUUUGCUUCAAAUAAAAAGAACCUUCUGGUAGUUGAAACAUCAGCAAGAUUCAAUGUCAAUGUAGAAACAUGUUUUACUGCACUGGUACAAAUGAUGGAUAAAACCCGUGGUAAACCUAAAAUAAUUCCCUAUCUGGAUGCCUAUAAAACACAGAGACAGCUUGUUGUGACUUCAACAGAUAAAUUUGAGAAACUUGUACAGACUGUGAGAGACUAUCAUGCCACUUGGAAAACAGUUAGCAACAAACUGAAAAAUCAUCCAGAUUAUGAAGAAUACAUUAAUUUGGAGGGAACCAAAAAGGCCAAAAAUACAUUUUCAAAACACAUAGAGCAACUUAAACAAGAACAUAUAAGAAAAAGAAGAGAUGAAUAUAUUAAUACAUUACCAAGAGCUUUUAACACACUUCUGUCAAACCUUGAUGAGAUUGAGCAUUUGAGUUGGUCUGAAGCUUUGAAACUUAUGGAGAAAAGGCAAGAUUUUCAACUAUGUUUUGUCGUGCUGGAAAAAACCCCAUGGGAUGAAACUGACCAUAUCGAUAAAGUGAAUGACAGAAGAAUCCCAUUUGACCUUUUGAACACAGUAGAAGCAGAAAAAGUGUAUCAAAAUCACGUACAGCAUCUAAUAUCAGAAAAAAGGAGAGUUGAAAUGAAGGAGAAGUUCAAAAAAACACUUGAAAAAAUACAAUUCAUUUCUCCUGGUCAGCCAUGGGAAGAAGUUAUGUGUUUUGUAAUGGAGGAUGAAGCUUUUAAAUAUAUUACAGAAGCAGAUAGUAGAGAAGUCUAUAGUAGGCAUCAACGAGAAAUAGUUGAAAAAGCCAAAGAGGAGUUUCAGGAAAUGCUUUUUGAACAUUCAGAACUGUUUUAUGACCUGGAUUUGAAUGCAACACCAAGUACUGAUAAAAUGAGUGAAAUUCAUGCAGUUUUGAGUGAAGAGCCUAGAUACAAAGCUUUACAGAAACUUGCACCUGAUAGAGAGUCUCUUCUUCUUAAACACAUUGGGUUUGUAUAUCAUCCUACUAAAGAAACAUGUCUCAGUGGCCAAAACUGUAUGGACAUUAAAGUAGAACAGUUACUUGCUGGCAGUCUUUUGCAAUUGGACCAUGGUCGUGUACAUUUUUAUCAUGAUAGUGCCAACAUUGAUAAAGUAAAUAUUUUCAUUUUGGGUAAAGAUGGACUUGCACAAGAGCUGGCAAAUGAGAUUCGGACACAAUCCACAGAUGAUGAAUAUGCCUUAGAUGGAAAAAUAUAUGAACUUGAUCUUAGACCGGUUGAUGCAAAGUCACCUUAUCUUUUAAGUCAGUUAUGGGCUUCUGCCUUCAAACCACAUGGGUGUUUCUGUGUGUUUAAUUCAAUUGAAUCACUUAAUUUUAUUGGAGAAUCAAUUGGAAAAAUCAGGGCUGAAGCAUCUCAGAUAAAAAGAGACAAGUAUAUGGCCAAUCUUCCAUUUACAUUAAUCCUGGCUAAUCAGAGAGAAAGUGUUAGCAAGAAUUUGCCAAUCCUGAGACAUCAAGGACAACAGUUGGCAAAUAAGUUGCAAUGUCCUUUUAUAGAUGUCCCUGCUGGUACUUACCCACGUAAAUUUAAUGAGACUCAAGUAAAACAAGCUUUGCGGGGAGUUCUGGAAGCCGUUAAACAUAACUUUGAUGUUGUAAGUCCUGUUCCUACAAUUAAAGACCUCUCAGAAGCUGAUUUAAGGAUUGUUAUGUGUGGCAUGUGUGGAGAUCCCUUCAGUGUAGAUCUUAUUCUUUCACCCUUCCUUGAUUCCCAUUCUUGUAGUGCAGCCCAAGCUGGCCAGAAUAAUUCGCUAAUGCUUGAUAAAAUUAUAGGUGAGAAACGGAGACGAAUUCAAAUAACAAUAUUAUCAUAUCAUUCUUCAAUUGGUGUAAGAAAGGAUGAACUUGUUCAUGGAUACAUAUUAGUUUACUCUGCCAAAAGAAAAGCAUCUAUGGGAAUGCUUCGAGCAUUUCUGUCAGAAGUGCAAGAUACAAUUCCUGUGCAGUUGGUGGCUGUUACUGACAGUCAAGCAGACUUUUUUGAGAAUGAAGCUAUCAAGGAAUUAAUGACUGAAGGUGAACAUAUAGCAACAGAGAUCACUGCUAAAUUCACAGCCCUAUAUUCUUUAUCUCAGUAUCACCGCCAAACUGAGGUUUUUACAUUGUUCUUCAGUGAUGUUUUAGACAAGAAAAAUAUGAUUGAAAAUUCCUAUAUGUCUGAUAACGCAAGAGAAGCAACACACACAAAUGAAGAUGUGUUUCUGCAUUCCCCCAGAGGGAGCUCUCUUGCUUACAAUUAUUAUCCAGAUUCAGAAGAUGAUACAGAAGCCCCACCUCCUUACAGCCCAAUUGGAGAUGAUGUACAGCUACUCCCGACACCCGAUCGCUCAAAAUACCGAUUAGAUUUGGAAGGUAAUGAAUAUCCUACUCAUAGUACACCUUUGAACUGUCAUGAUCAUGAACGCAACCAUAAAGUGCCUCCUCCCAUAAAACCGAAGCCAAUAGUGCCCAAGACAAAUGUGAAAAAACUAGAUCCAAACCUAGUAAAAACUAUUGAGGCAGGCAUUGGUAAAAACCCAAGGAAACAAUCUAGAAUGGCUUUGGCACCAACUGAUGAUCUUGAUCCGUCUGAUAAUUAUGCAGAACCAAUAGACACUGUUUUUAAGCACAGAGGUCUUACUGAUGAUAUCUACGUAAUUCCAGAUGAUAGUCAGAAUCGUGUGGUUAAAAUUCGAAAUUCAUUUAUUAUAAGUAAUGCCCAAGGAGAUGAAGAAAAUGGCUUUCCUGAUAGAAUGUCAAAGACCCAAGGUGAAAGACGACCUUCAAAAUACAAAUACAGAUCUAAAACGCUAUUCAGUAAAGCCAAAUCGUAUUAUAGGAGAGCACAUUCAGAUGCAAGUGAUGAUGAAGCUUUUACUACAUCUAAAACAAAAAGAAAAGGAAGACAUCGUGGUAGCGAAGAAGAUCCACUUCUCUCUCCUGCAGAAACAUGGAAAGCUGGUAUUGAUAAUCCUGCUAUUACAUCAGAUCAAGAAUUAGAUGAUAAAAAGACGAAGAAGAAGACCCAGAAGGUGAAAGAAGAUAAAAAAGUAAGUUUAAAAAAAUUAAGUGUUUACUUUCUAAGCCACAAUGUCUUUAUGUUGUUUCAGAAUGUUUUUAUAGUAGUACCCCAUUUUCCUUCUUAUUAA